AUGUCAGCGCUUUCUGUUACUCCCGCAACUGUAGCUGCUUUUAGUUUAUCCCAAUCAAGAAAGCUUCACAAAUCCAGUAAAAAUUCCCCCAAAAGAUUAGAUUCACGGCUAGAAUUUGAGAAACCCAGUAAAAUUUUCGCCCAAAAAUUAGGUUUUCGUGUGGAUUUUCUGAAACCCAGUAAAAAUUUUGCCCAAAGAUUAGAUUAUCGAGUUGAUUUUAACUGCAGAGACUCUGUAUCUUGCGCUCGCCGAACCAAAACACAGAAUAUUAUGAUAUAUGGUGUUAAUGGGGUUCGGGCUAGUACGAACGAUGAGAGUAUUGAGGUUUUUGAGCAGGAAGCUUUUGUGGAUGGGUCUUUGAAUCUCGGAGCUGGUCGACUCGAAGCUACUCUCAAUAGCUUGAGCAAGUGGCUCGUCUCGGCACUUUUUGCCGUAAUUGUUCUGUGGAGGCAUGAUCCCGAAGUAUUAUGGGCAGCUAUGGGAGCUGUUCUCAAUGCUCAACUCUCGGUGGUACUUAAGAAGUUACUAAACCAAGAAAGGCCUAUUUCUACAUUAAGAUCAGACCCAGGAAUGCCUUCAUCUCAUGCACAAGCCAUCUUCUACACAGUCUUAUUUCUCAAUUUGGCAAUGGUAGAGUGGUAUGGGGUGAAUGUGCUGACAGCCACUUUAGGCGGAUUUCUCUUCAUUCUCGGUUCUUAUUUUUCAUGGCUUCGAGUUUCCCAACAACUUCACACGGCUAUGCAGGUGGUCGUUGGGGCCGUAAUUGGGUCGUUUUUUUCAAUUAUUUGGUUCUUGGCCUGGAAUACUUUUGUAUUAGAUGCAUUUGUAUCCUCGUUGUGGGUUAGAGUUGUAGUUAUUCUGGGUGCGGUUGGGUCUUGUGUUGGUUUUCUGUUACACGUUAUUCGUACUUGGAUGGUGGACGAACGAUGA